AUGGCGGCGCCGCCACAGGAGCCGAGGGGCUCCGCAGACUCGUUGGUCACCACCCGGAGGCCAGUGCCCACUGUGUCGUCCGUAUCCCACGAGCUGCCUGUCUCGCCGGGGCAGGUCGCCGAGCCUCCGGGCAAGAGCCUGUGGGAGCAGAUCUGCGAGGAGUAUGAAGCUGAGAUACCUCCUUUUCCAGAAGUAUAUAAACAAGAAGCUGUGAUUACUGUUGAUUCACCAUUCGAGGAAACAGUUUCACAUGGCGUCAAUACAGAGCAUUAUUUUCCAGUCCCCCGUUUAACCGUGUUCUCACAUGUACCCUGUCCUCAAGAUAAACUGGAAACAGCUGAUCCAAAAACAUGUUCCCCCAAAGAGUAUUUGGAAACUUUCAUCUUUCCAGUUCUGCUUCCUGGAAUGGCUAGGCUGCUUCACCAAGCAAAGAAAGAAAAAUGUUUUGAG